GAGGAGCUGGGGGAGACAUGAGCCCGUCUGGGCAGAGGAUGGGCGACGGGAGUCAGCAGCUGGGGACUCCCGCGGGGCAGCGCCCUCCCUUGCGGGCGAGGGCACGGUCACCCGGCGGGCGGCCCGGUGGCGGCGGCGCCAGGGCGCAGCGCCGGCUGCUCGCGCUCUUAGUGCACGCGUGGCUGUGGGCGGCCUCGGGUUCCUCUGCCCAGGUGUUCAACCUCAGCCUGGCGGUGGACGAGGGACUGCCUCCGGACACGCUCGUGGGCGACAUUCGCGCCGGGCUGCCGGCCGCGCAGCAGCAGGAGGGAGGCGGCUUCUUUCUGUCCGAGGAUUCCGAUGACUCCCCGCUGCUGGACGACUUCCACGUGCACCCGGACACCGGCAUCAUCCGCACCGCCCGGCUCCUGGACCGCGAGCGGCGGGACCGCUACGGCUUCGUGGCCGCCACGCUGCUGGGCGCGGUGGUGCAGGUGGAGAUCCGCGUCAACGACGUGAACGACCACUCGCCGCGCUUUCCCCGCGACUCCCUGCGACUGGACGUCUCAGAGCUCAGCCCGCCAGGUACCGCCUUGCGCCUGCCAGGUGCCCGAGACCCCGACGCCGGGCAGUUCAGCACGCAGGGCUACACGCUGCUCCAGCCGCCCGGCCUUCCCGAGGACCCCGCGGGGCCAUUCUUCCAGUUGCGCUACGGGACGCGGGGGUCCUCGUCGCCCCUGGAGCCCCUUGACCUGGUGCUGCUGCGGCGCUUGGACCGGGAGUUGGCGGCGACGCACGAGCUGCAGAUCGAGGCGUGGGACGGCGGCCGCCCGCGGCGCACGGGCCACCUGCGCGUGGAGCUGCGCGUGCUGGACGAGAACGACAACCCGCCGGUCUUUGAGCAGAGCGAGUACCGCGCCGCCGUGCGCGAGGACGCUCCGCCGGGCGCCCUGGUCUGUCGCGUGCGCGCCACCGACCCGGACCUGGGGCCCAAUGGCCAAGUGCGCUACAGCCUCCGCGCCCGCCAGGCGCCAGGACCGGGUGGCGGCGGCGGCGGGACCCCGGGCAGCGCGGCCUACUUCGCCGUGGAGGAGCUGAGCGGCGUGGUGAGCGUGCAGCGGCCGCUGGAUCGCGAGGCGCAAGCCUGGCACCAGCUGGUGGUGGAGGCCCGCGACGCAGGUGCGGAGCCCGAGGUGGCCACGGUGCGCGUGUCCAUCGCCGUGCUGGACGUGAAUGAUAACCCGCCCGCCAUUCACCUGCUCUUCCUCACCGAGGGAGGCGCUGCCCGCGUGUCGGAGGGCGCCGGACCCGGAGACUACGUGGCUCGAGUCUCGGUGUCCGACGCGGACGGCGGCCCGGAUGGGCGCGAGGAGGCCUCGGGAGAACUUGGUUUGGGCAUGGGAGGCGGAAGCAUCUCCGUGUCGCUGGACGGCGGGGAGGGAGCCUUUGCCUUGCGACCUGGAGGCUCUCCCGGAGUCUUUUUCCUUUGCGUCGAGGGGCCGCUGGACAGGGAGAGCCGCGACCUGUACGCUUUGCGACUGGUGGCCACGGAUGCGGGUUCCCCGCCGCUGAGUACGGAGGAGACCUUGCUGCUCAGAGUGGCCGACCUCAACGACCAGCUGCCUGUGUUCAGCCAGGAGCAUUACAGGGCCUCCGUGUCCGAGGCUGCGGUCCCUGGCACCCCGGUGGUGUGGGUCAGCGCCUUUGAUGCCGACGAGGCUGGCACCAACCACUCCCGUGUGCGCUACUCCCUGGUGUACCUCCACGGUGGGUGCCAGCCAGGGGACUCGGGGCCCUUGGCGCAGUGUGAACCUUCAUUCGCCAUGGAUCCUGAAAGUGGUGUCAUCAGCACCUCCCGGAGGCUGGACCGGGAAGUCCAGGAGGCAGUGGAGCUGAGAGUAGUGGCCCAAGAUCUUGGAGAGCCCCCCCUGUCCGCCACCUGCUUGGUGAGCAUCACCGUGGAUGACGUGAAUGACAACGAGCCCAUCUUCCUGAGACAGGUGUACAACGCUAGCCUGGUGGAGCAUGCUCCCGUGGGCCACUGUUUCCUGCAGGUGAAAGCUUCUGAUGCGGAUGCAGGGCCCUAUGGCUUUGUUGAGUAUUUUCUCUACGAUGGAUUCCAGAGCAAUGAAGCUCCGCAGGCAUUCCAGAUUGACCGGCACGAUGGGCGAAUCUGUGUUUCUCAAGACAUCGACAGGGAAAGAGACCCUGCCACCUAUGAUCUCCUGGUGAAAGCUCAAGAUGGGGGUGGACUAAGCGCCCAAGCUUUUGUUCGGGUGGAAGUGGAGGACGUGAAUGACAACGACCCUGUGUUUAACCCGUCAACCUAUGUGACGAGCAUCAGUGGCCAGAUGCAGCCAGGCACUGAGAUCAUCAACGUCCUCGCCAGCGACAGGGACUCAGGACUAUAUGGAACUGUCACUUAUGAGCUUAUCCCUGGAGACGCGUCUCCCCACUUUGCCAUCGACUCCACCACAGGAAUCAUUUAUUUAACCUCGACUCUUGGCCACGUGGAAUCUGCAGCUCUGCGGUUGACGGUGUGUGCGCGUGACGGUGGCGGGCGUUCCUCCGUCCCUAAUGCUGACGUCACCGUACACGUUAUUCACACAGCUCUGGCUCCUGCUGAAUUUGAAAGGCCUAAGUAUACUUUCUUGGUUUAUGAAGAUGUGCCCGAAGACAGUCCUGUCGGAACAGUGAAGGCAAAAGAAUCAAAUUCCUCAGAGCCAAUUUUUUAUAGAAUUUCCUCUGGCAAUCUGGACGGAAAGUUCUCCAUCCACCCAUGGCUGGGCAUCAUUCGAACCCAGAAGCCUCUGGAUCAUGAAAUGCAGCCGGUGGUGGUGCUCACGGUCCAGGCACAGCUCGGCAGCUCCCCGGCCUGCAGCAGCACAGAGGUCAACAUUACCGUAAUCGAUGUCAAUGACAACCGCCCGGUGUUCCCCAAAGCUUCUGACGAGAUUCAGAUACCCCCAACCACACGGCCGGGCACAGCCUUGUACUGGGCACGAGCGGAGGACAGGGACAGUGGGCGCAGUGGGUUCAUCCGCUACUCACUAGCCGGCCAGGCCCCCAGCCUCUUCUCCAUCGACGCUCGGCUGGGGGUGCUGUACCUCAACCGCAGCCUGGGAGCUGACGAGCCCUCAGCUCACGUGCUCACCGUGCUGGCCCGGGACCUCGGCGUUCCUCCGCGGGCGUCGCAGCUGCUGCUCACCGUGGUUAUUCAGAAGGAGUGUCCAAGCCCGCCCUUGGCUUUCGCCCAUCUGGUCUACCGCGUGGACAUUAGUGAGUCCUUGUCCCUGGCGACCCAGAUACUGCGAGUUCAGGCCCACCCGCUGCGCCCCGGGCACGGGGCCUCACAGCCCCGCUACUCGCUGGAAGCCGGCUGGGACGCUGCAGGCUUCGGUGUUCAUCCCUACAGCGGGUGGGUUUAUCUGCGGCGACAGCUCGACUACGAAGUGACGCAAACAUAUCAAUUUAGAGUGUUUGCCUGGAUCCCGGAGGACAGGCGGUCGCAAAACGUGAGCACUUCGGUAAUUGUUCAUGUGCUGGAUGAGAAUGACAAUUCCCCUGCCUUCUUGCAUGAGGUGUUGUUUCUGAAAGUGGAGGAGAGCCCCCUUCCCCAAGGGGUCAUAGGCAAAAUUACAGCAAUUGACAGAGACUCGGGAAAGAAUGGACAGCUGUCAUAUUUCCUUUUGUCAGAUGGAAAAUUCUUCAAGAUGAAUCCUACCACAGGUGAAUUCAUCAGUUGGGUGGCCCUGGAUCGUGAGCAUCAGGGACACCAUGAGGUGACUGUCCUCGUCACCGACCACGGCACCCCGCCGAGAAACGCCACCACCUCGGUUUAUGUCUCAGUCACCGACAUCAACGAUAACAGGCCUUAUUUCCCCCAGAGCCUCCCCGGGAAGGCGUUGCACAUCAAGGUUCUGGAAGGUCAACCUGUAAAUAUGUUGGUUACCACUGUAUUUGCAAAGGAUCUUGAUGAAGGAAACAAUGCAGAAGUUACAUAUUCAGUAUCUCCAGAAGAUCAUUCUGAUCACUUCAAGAUUGAUGCCAACAGUGGUGAAAUAAGAACAACCACAAUACUUGCCUAUGACCACAGGCCUUCCUACAGGAUGACGGUCACUGCCAGUGACCAGGGAGUGCCACCUCUUCAAGGACAGGCAGUUAUUAAUAUUCAGGUGAUACCACUACCUAAGGGGGGAGCUGGCAUUUCUCCGAAUAUUCAACAUGUAGUUAUACCAGAAAACUUGAAGCCUGCAAAACUUAUAAGCUUGAUAAAAUCACCUGAUCAUCUUCAACGCCGUCUCACUGGGAAGCUGCAUUUCAGUAUUGCUGAAGAGGAUAGGGACGGUCACUUUGAAAUUGACCACAUGACGGGAGACUUGUUCCUUUUGAAGGAACUUGAUUAUGAAAUAGCAUCUCAUUAUCUGUUCAGGGUGGUGACCGAAGACAGUAACAGAAGCCCUGCCCUGAGCAGCACGGUCUUCCUUAGCAUCGAUGUGGAAGAUCAGAAUGACCAUUCCCCAUCCUUCCAAGAUGAGUUCAUUGCGAUAGGCGUGGAAGAGAAUGUUCCCGUAGGAACACAGGUUCAUGUCUUCAAUGCCCGUGACGGUGAUGGCAGUUUUCUCAACAGCCGCAUACAGUACUUCAUUGAAGCCCACCGCCCCGGGCCGAACCCAUUCCUCAUCCACCCCUCCUCUGGCACUUUAGUCACAGCAUCGCCCCUCGACAGAGAGCAAGUCUCCACGGUGUUCCUGAUGGUAACAGCUUCCGAUCAGGCUGUGAAUGUGACAGACCGGGGGGUGAAAUCGCUGAUGGCAAAGGUAGUGAUUUUGGAUGUAAACGACCACAGCCCCACUUUCGUGUCUCUCCCCGUUGCCCACAUCAACGAGGAUGCCGCGGUGGGCUCCUUGGUACACCGCAUAACUGCUGAAGAUCCAGAUGAAGGAAGAAAUGGAAGAGUCACAUUCAGCAUCCUCUCGGGAAACGAAGACACGGCCUUUAUGCUAGAUGAGUCCUCAGGUCUACUAACUACAGCUUUUCUUUUGGACUAUGAAAUCAAAUCUCAGCACAUUUUGACCCUUCUGGCGCUGGAUGGCGGCACACCAGCACUUUCUUCAACCCAGACUUUGACCAUUUCCGUUCUCGAUGUAAAUGAUGAGGUGCCGGUGUUUAAGCAACAGCUGUAUGAAGCUUCAGUGAAAGAAAACCAAAAUCCUGGGGACUUUGUUGUAAGAGUUGAAGCUGUGGACAAAGAUUCAGGAAUCAAUUCCAAGCUUCAGUUUGAAAUCAUGCCAGGUGCUUCAUUUGGAUUGUUCCAGAUAAGUCCAGACACUGGAGAAGUAACAACUACCGCUAGACUUGACAGAGAAGUUCAGGAAGUCUUCACUCUUCUAGUGCUGGUACGAGAUGGGGGCACCCCUUCGCUGUCCAGCACCACAACAGUUCUCUGUUCUGUGGAGGAUGAAAAUGACCACACGCCAGACAUUGCUUUGCCCAGUCAUGACAUCGAGCUUCUGGAAAACCAAGAGCCGGGGGUUGUCUACACCAUCUUGGCUUCUGAUAGGGACGCUGGCAGCAAUGGGGUCGUCAGGUGUCACAUCACUGGGGGCAACACAGCGGAAUUCUUUGCUAUCAACGAAACAUCAGGAGAGCUCUCGACCACUCGGGCUCUGGACCGGGAGCAGGUCAGCACUUUCACCCUUGCUGUGCUGUGUCAAGACCUGGGGACCCCAGCUCGGAGCUCCAUGGUGCAGCUGAACAUCCGAGUUGUCGACGACAACGACCAUAGCCCGGCUUUCCCCACGCUUCGUUACCAGUCCCGGGUGCGGGAAGAUGCUCACGUGGGCACCAUGGUCCUGGUGCUCACUGCUGUGGACAAGGACGAGGGCCUGAAUGGGCAGACCGAGUAUUUUCUGAUGGACGAGGCUUCUGGUGCGUUCACACUCCACCCCGUGACGGGCACCCUGAGAACUGCCCGCACCCUGGACCGAGAAGCCCACUCCCAGUACACCUUCCGGGCGGGGGCCAGAGACCACAGUGCCCAGGGCUCCAGAAGCACCACGCUCCUUGUAGAUGUCCACAUCACCGAUGUCAAUGACAAUGACCCAGUUUGGGAACAGAACCCCUUUGAGAUUUUCCUGUCUCCCCAGUCACCUACCAACCAGACCAUGGCGGUUCUGAGAGCCAGUGACCCGGACCUGGGGCCCAAUGGAACUGUUGUGUUCUGUUUUGCUGGGCCCCAGUCGAUGUUUUCUCUGGAUAAAUACACAGGAGAAAUUCAACUGUGGCAAAACCCAUCUUCAGAAUAUUUUCCCAUCUGGCUGCCUUUGGAAGUUAUGGACCGAGGGGACCCAGCUAGGACCACCUCCGGCCUCCUGGUCGUUCAUGGGGAAGGAGAAGGUGUCCAGAUUUCCUUCAGCCACCCUUUGUAUAGAGGCAUCGUGACUGAAAAUUGCGAGGCAGGUACUUCUAUUGUGACUGUAAGUGCUAUUGUUCCUGACUCAAGCAAAGACAGCAUUACCUACUCCAUUUUGAGUGGAAAUGAAGAUGGAGUUUUUUCUCUGUGCUCCAAAUCAGGAGAGCUCACAGUCAAAGAGCCCAAGUUUCUUGAUUUUGAAAUCAGAAAUGAAAUCCAGCUCAUCGUUCUGGCUGACAGUCGGGGUCGUAGUGCCUACAGCAAAGUGGCAGUCUCCAUCCAAGACGCGAAUGAUAAUUUCCCAGGCUUUCAGCAAAGCGUGUACCAGGCAUCGGUGCCGGAAGGCCAGGGCUACGGUGCUCACGUCAUACAGAUUUUGGCCACAGACCUGGACAGUGGGCUGAACGGUCUCAUCGAGUACUCCAUUCUCUCUGGCAACCUUGGGGAAGCCUUCCAGGUGGAUGCCCUGAGUGGCGCUAUAAGCACAAGCUGCAUGCUGGAUCACGAGCUCACCCCCUCCUACAGCCUGAUUGUACAAGCGACAGAUAAAGGGACACCCAGGCUUUCUGGCACAACUAUAGUCAAGAUAGAGGUGACUGAUAUAAAUGACAAUGCCCCAGUUUUUCUCCCCUCUGAAGCAGUGGAAAUUGCUGAAAAUUCCUUGCCUGGUACUGUUGUGACUCGGAUAUCAGCUCAUGAUGUGGAUUUGAAUCCAAUGCUCAUCUACAGCUUUGCCAAAAAGAGUGACUCUGGAAACAAGUUCGCUAUUGAUUGGAGCACUGGAGUAGUGGUGCUGGUGAAGAUGCUGGAUUUUGAGGAAGCUCCUGAGUAUGAGCUACUCAUAGGUAUUUCUGAUUCAUUGUAUCACACAGAAGGAACACUCAUCGUCCGCGUGUUGGAUGUCAAUGACAACCCACCCGUAUUUUCUCAAAAUUCUUACCAGGUUACUGUUCCCGAAUCGCUGCCUGGGGGGUCCUUUGUGCUGAGGGUAACAGCCACAGAUGUAGAAAACAAUGAGAACAUCUCUUACCGAAUCCUUCCCUCUUCUAAGGAAUUUGCGAUUGAUCCUGUGAAUGGCACCAUAUUUUCUAUCCUUCCCAAAUUACCUCUGGAUAAAAAACCAACCAUUCGAUUUCUUGUUGAAGCCAGCGAUGGUGGGAUCCCUGACCUGAGGGCACUUACGCCUGUAGAAAUAGAAAUACAGGACUUGAACGAUCAUGCCCCUGAGUUUGCAGUAGGAUGUUACAACCUCAGCUUGCGCGAAGAUGCUCCAGCUGGGGUCACGCUUGUCACAUUUUCCACCACCGACCACGACUGGACCCACGAAAACACACAUGUUGAAUAUUCCAUCCUCAGUGGUGACUCACAGAACAAUUUCCUCAUAGAAACUCAUUUCAUUCAUUCAGAAUAUCCCCCCAAGCCAGUCGGUCACCUGGUACUGUUCCACCAGCUGGACAGAGAGACCACGGCCAGCCACCAACUGGUCAUUCUGGCGUCUGACCAAGGCUGCCCUCCCCUGACCUCCACAGCCACGGUCUCCGUGGAAGUGAUUGAUGUCAACGACAGUCCCCCUCGGUUCAGCAGGCUGACCUACCACGCCCACAUCAAGGAAAGCACCCCUCCGGGGAGCCACGUCACCGUGGUCUCAGCCAGCGACCGUGAUGAGGGUGUGCAUGCCGACACCUCCUACCACCUCAUCUCUGGUAACGAGAAGGGGCACUUUCACUUAGAAGAAAAAACUGGAGUUCUCUAUUUACGCAAACCUCUGGAUUAUGAGGAAACCAUAAAAUUCACUUUAACUGUUCAAGCUUCCGAUGAAGAAAGGAAACAUUUCUCCUUUGCCAUGGUGAUUAUCGGGGUCCUGGAUGACAAUGAUCAUGCACCUCAGUUUAUGUUCUCAAGACUGAACUGUGUUGUCCCUGAAAAUGUGCCCGUCUCUUCCACCAUAUGCUCUGUAAAUGCUUUGGAUUUUGACACAGGCCCAUAUGGAGAAUUGACCUACUCGAUUUUGUCCUCCUGUUCUGUGACUCGUGGGGCCUCUCUGCAUCACGCCAUCCCCUUCCUCAUCAACCCUGUGACGGGGGAUAUUCAUGCUAAGCAAAUCCUCGACUAUGAAAACAGCAAUAAAUACUGCCUGACGGUUCAGGCAAAAGACAAAGGCGACUCAACAGCCUCAUUGGUGGUGUGGGUGGAUCUUGAAGGGGUCGAUGAAUUUGAACCCAUUUUCACUCAGGAUGAAUAUUUUUUCGACCUCCCAGAAAAGGUUCAUGUGAGACAGCUGGUGGGCAGAGUGGAGGCCUCAGAUGCCGAUGCUGGUCUGGAUGGAGUUGUUCUUUACUCUCUCAGGACCCCAUCGCCUUUCUUUUCGAUCAAUCAAACCAAUGGGAAUAUUUACUUGACUAGAGCUCUUGCCCUCAGAAAAAGUCAAGUCAGCAAAGAAGACACCAUCGAAAUGAAAAUCAUUGCUCAUAGCCCCAAACCAGGCUCCAAGUUUACAACUUGUACUGUUUUUGUGAACGUGUCUUUAUCCUUGCAAGGAAAAUACUUGGCAGUAUCAGUCAGCACCUUUUCAGUCAGCCUCGCGGCCUCCUUUUUAGUGUUUUUGUUACUGGUCUUCAUCUUAACUGCACUGAUUUUAAGGCAUAAACAGAAAGACGCAAUAGACACUUAUGAAGAAAAGAAAACCUCCCCCUCCUGCCCCAGCAGUGUGAGGCCCAGGAGGGAGGCUGGCGGGCUCAGAGCCUUCCAGGAAAGCAGCGACUGCCUCCCGGAGACAGUGCCCAUGAACUCCAUGCCUGAAUGGCUGAGCUUGUUAAGCAUCAUGGAGAAGGACCUUGUGAAUCUAUACAGGCACUCAAAUUCCAGUGGCCACUGCUCUGUGGAAGGAGAAACCGCCGAAGAUAAGGAAAUCCAGAGAAUCAACGAGCACCCGUACAGGAAGGACACUGGGUCGGCCCUGAGCGACAGGGAGUCCAGGGUGCCAGACUCCGGGAUCCCAAGGGACUCAGAUCAGCUCUCAUGCUUGUCUGGGGAGACCGAUGUGGGGGUUGCCACUGAGAUGGCAGAACCCAGCCAGACAUUUGAGGAAGGAGGUGGAGAAGACUGUGGAACACCCACUGUUCAAGGUAAUAUGUUACCCCAGCCCCUGAGGAAGAAUGAGGUAAACGAGGCUAUCCAGGCCGACAGCAGAGAAGAGUCUGUUUUUGUGUCAGGCGAGCAGGAAGCAAGAAUCAGCAUUCUCUCCCCUCAGAGCACCUCCAAUGAUGAUGGAAGAAGCAGUCACCACUGGGAUUAUCUCCUCGGUUGGGAACCCAAGUUCCAGCCUCUGGCCUCAGUAUUUAAUGAUAUUGCAGAACUGAAGGACGAACAUUUGCCUGAGCCUGGCCUUCCAAAAGAGAAGAAGUCUUUGGGUUUCCCGCCACCUUUGAUCACUGCGGUAGCACAGCCAGGGGUGAAAGCUGUUCCACCCAGGAUGUCAGCCAUCACGCCCCUUCAAAGGCCCGUGGUUCAGAAAUACCCACACUCACCCAUUCGCUACCACCUCAGUUCUCUCCCGGAAGCCAUGACGCCCAGCUUCUCUCCAUCUCUCUCCCUCUUGACCACCCGGACCCCCACCAUUCCUGCAGUGUUGAUGGGUGGAAGUUUACUGGGAGCCCGGGUCAGUGACGCAUACCGGGGACUGAACGCUGAAGAUGAAGUUCAGAUAUAAAAUGAUUGCAAUGUCCAGGCCCUGCUCAUCACUGGUCGCGAGCAAUUGAAUAAAACCUUCUUCACCUCAGAUUGGGUCAUUUUAUCCAGGCGUGAGCGAUUAAAUUUAGUCAGGGAUUUUGGAUCCUGUUCGUUUUUAAGUUUCUCAAAUUUGUUCCCAUGGUAACGAGAAGUUACCCCCUCUUUUCACCUCCACGUUUUGGUCCCUUUGUGUAUAUGACAUAGUGUACAUGAUGUCAUAACUGUCUUCGGUGGGGUCAGAUCUUCAGCGGACAAUGAACCUGACUGCUGUAAUGUGUAUGUGGGAGUGAAUUCUGGUGUGUGAUGGUCACACUAGAGCUGAUUACAGUGCUCAGUCCAAAACAAGCUAGUGAGGACUAAGAAAUGAGGACAGAAAGUAACAGAGCGGGGACAUUUGGAGGCAUCAAUAUAAGUUUCUUUCAAAUGAAGCUGUUUCUGAUAGUUGAGCUAAUUUAAAGAUGCCACCCUUGUGACUUUAGCCAUGAUUUGAAUUUUACCAUAGUGUCUUUUGGAAAUCUAAUGAGAAAUUAAGUGGUAUUUGUCAUAACUCUGUGCCAAGUAAGAAAAUUCUUCCUGACUUAAUGACUCAGCAUGCAUGUUCUUGACAGAAACCCAGGAUGGAUGAAGAGCAAUAAGUAUGUGGUCGGCUGCCCCAAGGCAGUUCUUGGGCAAACAGAAUGAAUUUUUUUUUUUCAGUGUUCUGUCUCAUGAGUAGGUGCGUGGACAGAUACUAACUUCUCAAAGUUAAU